AUGUCCCACCCAGCGUUGAGCGAAUUCCAGAUAGGGUGGUUAUGCGUGUUGCCCAUUGAAUUGGCAGCGGCCAAGGAGAUGCUGGACGAGAAUUUCGGCGGACUACACGAACAAGACGGAAACGACCCAAACUCAUACAUCUUGGGUCGCAUUGGUAGGCAUCAUGUUGUAAUAACCCAGCUCGGAACCGCCGGAACCACGGCAGCAACAGCAGCGGUCAUCAACAUGAAGCGAACGUUCCCUCAGUUGCGACUUGGGCUCAUGGUCGGCGUUGGGGGAGGAAUCCCCUCGAAUGACCAUGACGUCCGUUUAGGGGAUGUUGUGGUCAGUUAUCCCGAACGUACUUGUGGAGGCGUGAUCCAGUACGAUGCUGGAAAGAUGCACGAGGAGAAGUUUGUGCGAGCUGGCUUAUUGAACGCACCCCCGCGCUCUCUCUUGGGCGCGGUAACGGGUAUAAGAGCGGCCGCGAUAACAGAUGACCCCAAGUCUCCGGAAUACGUCGACGGGGCCAUCUCGCGAAACAAAAGAACGCGGCAAAAUUUCGGACGCCCCAGUCCGUCAACGGACCGGCUCUUUCGCCCCGAUAAGCCUCAUCCUGUUGACGCAAAGUCAUGCAGCGGGUGUCCGUCCGCGUGGGAACAAAGUCGAAUUGGGCGAGAGGAAGGAUAUCCCCAGGUACACUACGGUAUCGUCGCUUCUGGGAAUACAUCGGUGAGAAGCGCGGCGAUGCGGGACCGUGUAUACGAGGAGACCGGAGCUCUAUGCUUCAAGACCGAAGCGGCGGGAAUCAUGAUGGAUUUUCCAUCCAUAGUUAUCUGUGGUAUCUGUGACUAUUCCGACUCCCACGAGAACAAUAUCUGGCAAGGUUAUGCUGCGACUGUCGCCGCGGCUUAUUCCAAAGAGCUGCUCAGCUAUCUUCCUACACAAAAGGCAUCAUACCAGAGCCUUGACACUGAUAUAUGCAAACAACUCGUCGGAGAGGUUCGCAACAUCGCCCAUAAGCUCCAGAAGGUGCCUGUCCAAAGAGACAGCUACCUCCCAGAGGCUACGGCACGAGUCCUGAUGGGGGAAAGCCGCUGGGGCCUACAGGAAUCAGAAGCGCGUGCUUACGAGCAAUCUAAGAACGUCAACUUAGACCACGCCUAG